UAAAUUCACCAAAAACUCACUCUUGCACAUAAACUUCUCCAAUGGAGCACACUGAUCUUUCCACCAAUAAUGGAUGUAACAGAAUUUCAUCCCUUCAAGUUGAGGAGGAGGAGGCUGCAGAUCAGAAGCCAUGCCCUCUCCGUAAGAUGAUUGUUGUGGCAUCCAUUGCCGCCGGCAUACAAUUUGGGUGGGCCCUACAGCUCUCCCUUCUCACACCAUACAUUCAGCUUCUAGGUGUACCUCACAAGUGGGCUGCCAACAUCUGGCUAUGUGGUCCCAUAUCAGGCAUGAUCGUCCAGCCAAUCGUUGGAUACUACAGUGACCGAAGUCAUUCUCGUUUUGGUCGCCGCCGCCCUUUCAUCUUCUCUGGUUCACUAGCCGUCGCCAUAGCUGUCUUCUUCAUCGGCUACGCUGCAGAUCUUGGCUACUCCAUGGGUGAUGACCUGUCGAAGAAAACACGUCCCCGUGCUGUUGUCAUAUUUAUCUUAGGUUUUUGGGUACUAGAUGUCGCCAACAAUAUGCUUCAAGGACCCUGUCGUGCCUUCCUUGGUGACCUUGCUGCCGGUGAUCACCGUAGAAUGAGAAUGGGCAAUGCCAUGUUCUCUUUCUUCAUGGCCGUGGGAAAUAUCCUUGGUUAUGCCGCCGGCUCUUUCAGCAAACUCUAUCACAUGUUUCCUUUCACCCAAACUAAAGCUUGCGAUGUCUUUUGCGCUAAUCUCAAAACAUGUUUCUUCUUAUCAAUAUUCCUUCUCGCUCUCGUUUCUUCCUUUGCUCUAUAUUACGUUGAAGACAUUCCGCUCCAAUCAAAACCACAAUCACAAUCAAAGGAUGACGUCGGCUGCUUCGGGGAGUUGUUAAGUGCUUUUAGUGGAUUAAAGAAACCAAUGUGGAUGCUAAUGAUAGUAACCGCUAUAAAUUGGGUAGCAUGGUUCCCAUUUUUCUUGUUCGAUACUGAUUGGAUGGGUCGUGAAGUGUAUGGUGGCAAUGUUGGAGAUAAUACCUAUGCCGCUGGUGUGCGCGCGGGAGCGUUGGGACUAAUGAUUAAUGCAUUUGUGCUUGCUAUAAUGUCGUUGGGGGUUGAACCGUUGGGGCGUUUCAUUGGCGGAGCUAAGAGGCUAUGGGGGAUUGUGAAUAUUAUUCUGGCUAUUGCACUUGCUAUGACGGUUGUUAUCACCAAGGCAGCGGAACAUGAACGCCGUGUCAGCCCCGGUGGAACAACACUGCCUUCUGGCCAUGUUAAGGCUGCUGCAUUCAGUUUCUUCGGCGUCCUUGGAAUUCCCCUUGCGAUUAAUUUCAGUGUUCCGUUUGCUUUAGCAUCUAUUUACUCCACCUCAUCUGGGGCCGGGCAAGGUUUAUCUUUGGGAGUCCUCAAUAUUGCAAUCGUCGUUCCACAGAUGAUAGUAUCGUCAUUAAGUGGACCGUGGGAUGCUUUGUUUGGUGGUGGCAACUUGCCGGCGUUUGUGGUCGAUGCUGUGGCCGCAGUCAUCAGCGCUGUAUUGGCGGUAAUUAUUCUUCCUACUCCAAAGUCUGUUGAUACUGCCAAGCCAUCGAUUGCCACCUCUGGUGGCCAUCAUUGAUGAUCAGAGUUUAAAUGUUUAUUUUUUAAUUUUUUGUGGAAAAUCAUUGAACAUUUUGAUUUUAGUUUGUUUUGUAUUGGGCAUAUUACGUCCCACUAAAUCUCAUUUUGUGGCAUGCACUAGCAACCAUCUUAUUUUAAUUGUAAUGGUUGGUGUGGUCGUACAAAGCCUUUUGUUUAGACAGAUUAUUACGAGGAUGAAGUACAAGAGUUUGGUAUUUUUCUUAAAA